AGUAACACCAAUGAGUUUGAGGAUCCAUGUUAAAGAUACUCAUGGGAUAUUGCCUUUAUAAAGGUUGGUUUUUGCAUUAAAAGAAAUCAAAGAUUCGGGUUUUACUGAGAGGGAAGCAUGGAGAAUAUUGAGAAGAGCAAAAUAAUGAUAGUAGGAGCAACAGGUUAUCUUGGGGAUUACAUGGUGAGGGCAAGCCUUUCCUUGGGUCAUCCUACUUUUGCUUAUAUUCGUCCAAUUCACACUUCCUCUCAGCUUUCCAAACUCCAUCAUCUUCUAUCUCUAGGCGUCACCGUCUUUCAAGGGGAGUUAGAUGAGCAGGAGAAGCUGGUCUCUUGUCUUCAACAGGUUGAUGUUGUCAUUUCCACGCUGGCUGUUCCUCAGCAUUUGGAGCAACUCAAGCUAAUCAAGGCCAUCAAACAAGCUGGCAAUAUCAAGAGAUUUGUUCCCUCAGAAUAUGGAAAUGAAGUGGAUAGAGUGAAGGCGCUUCCACCAUUCGAGGCUCUUCUUGAAAACAAGAGGAAGAUAAGAAGAGCAACAGAAGAAGCAGGAAUCCCCUACACUUAUGUCUCCGCUAACUCAUUUGCAGCCUACUUCAUCAACUAUCUGCUUCACCCACAUGAUCUCAAAUGCCAACACAUUCUUGUUUAUGGCACUGGUCAAGCCAAGGCUGUAUUGAAUCAUGAGGAAGAUGUGGCAUUUUACACCGUGAAAGCAGCAACAGAUAAGAGAGCAGAAAACCGAGUGGUUAUCAUUAGACCUGAAGGGAAUAUUAUCUCCCAGUUGGAGUUGAUAACUUUAUGGGAAAACAGGACAAAUCGUGCCUUUAAACGGCAACAUAUACCUGAAAAGGAGAUGAUCAAGCAGUGUGAAACGCUGGAUUUUCCAGAGAAUAUACGUGUGGCUAUACUUCACAACGUGUUCGUGAAAGGAGCACAAACGAUGUUUGAAUUGAGCCCUGAAGAUGUGGAGGCUUCCAAGUUAUAUCCUGACCACAAGUACACUUGUGUUGAGGCUCUCCUCGAUGUGUUCUUGGCUAAUCCUCCGCAGCCAAUAGUAGCUAAAUUUGCAUGAACAAUCUGCCUCCCUGCAUUUCAGGUUGUGUUUCCGUGUACUUGGAUUUUACCUAUAAAAAUCAUGAUAUUAAAAUCCAAUCCGAUCCACAGAUCACACCAGUAAUGUGAACUAGUUUCACACGAAUAUUUCAUGUUUUUCUUCUCUUGUUGAGUACUCUUCUGGUUCUAAAUAUAAAAUCUGUAAAUUAUAUUACAAAAUGAAUCUUAUAUUUAGGAUAAAAGGAGUAUGAAAUAAUGUCAUUUUGAGUUAAUAAAAAUAAUGAAUAAAUAGCAGUAUAAUUUA